AUUAAUUGUAAACAAUGCCAAUUUGUCGAACGACAAUUGAGAUUAAAAGAUUAUCCUUGUUAUUCAUACAAAUAGGAAUUGUCAACUGCUUUUGACAUCGUAUUUUAAACCGGGAAUAUGUCUUUAGUUAAAGUUCAAAACUUCAUAAAUGGCGAAUUCGUCGAAAGUGCAAAAUAUCUCGAUAGUUUUGACCCUUCUACGGGGGAAGUUUGGGCCAAAAUACCGGACAGUGAUCAAAUGGACGUGGACAAUGCAGUGAUGGCAGCCAGGAACGCGUUUUUGAGUUGGUCAUCUACACCUGUGCAGGAGAGGUCCAGAAUUCUACUGAAGGUGGCUGACAUUUUGGAGUCCCGGCUUGAUGAGUUUGCAGAGCUUGAGUCACAUGACCAGGGCAAGCCAGUCUGGCUUGCUAAAACCAUGGAUAUUCCCCGAGCUGUAUUCAACUUCAGAUUUUUUGCGACAUGUGCAUUGCACGAUUUGAACAGGUCCAAUCAGAUGCAGGCUUUGGAUGCCUUCAACUACACCAUCAAGAUGCCAGUGGGUGUGGCUGGGCUCAUCAGUCCCUGGAACCUGCCCCUUUACCUGCUCACUUUCAAGGUUGCCCCGGCGCUUAUUUGUGGCAAUACAGUGGUGGCAAAGCCAAGUGAGAUGACAUCGGUCACUGCAUGGAAACUUGGUGAAGUCUGUAAUGCUGCGGGGUUACCUCCAGGCGUUCUCAACUUUGUUUUCGGCACAGGACCGUCAGCCGGGGAGGCAAUAGUGAAACACCCCGAUGUGCCAAUUGUGUCAUUCACAGGUGGAACAGUUACGGCUGUCAAGUUGAGGAUAGCAGCCGCUCCAUUCAGCAAGAAAAUGUCUCUUGAGUUGGGUGGGAAAAAUCCAGCCAUAAUAUUCAAUGAUGCUGAUUUUGAAAAAUGCGUCGCCACUACAGUCAGGUCCAGCUUUACAAACCAAGGAGAGAUCUGCCUGUGUACAAGCCGGAUCUAUGUGCAGAGUGGAAUCUAUCAGAAGUUCCUGGAGAGAUUUGUGCAAGAGGCCAAGAAGUUGGUUGUAGGGGACCCAAAAUCCCCUGACUCCUUCAUGGGGGCCCUUAUCAGUAAGGAGCACUUAGCCAAGGUCAGGGGGUACGUGGAUAUUGCCAGACAGGAGGGGGCCACAAUUCUAUGUGGGGAUGAGCCUCUCAACCUUCCUGAAAGGAACAAACAGGGAUAUUUUAUGAGACCAACUGUGAUAUCCGAAGUGAAAGAUUCUUCAAGACUGAUAACAGAGGAGAUAUUUGGACCAGUGGUGGUAGUGGUUCCGUUUGAUACCAUGGCUGAGGUGAUUGAAAGAGCCAACAGUGUCAAGUAUGGGCUGGCAGCCACUGUAUGGUCUAGUGAUGUCUCUACCCUGCAUACUGUGUCACAGAAACUCCAUGCAGGGACAGUGUGGGCGAAUUGCUGGAUGGUGCGAGAUCUCAACAUGCCAUUUGGGGGUAUGAAGGAGUCUGGAACGGGACGGGAGAGUGCCAAGGACUCCAUAGAGUUCUUUACAGAAGAGAAAACCAUCUGUGUUAAACUGUCUUAGGAGAAACAUUGUAUACAAAUAGAUACGAUUGGCUGAUGUUGGUUUGUGUUGGCGGAAGAAUGCAAUCAAUUAUUUCAUUGUGAUCAAAGAUAGCAGUUUGUUUUUUAACUGUGCUGUUCUUAACUGCAUGACACCCACAUCAAUAAAGGGAUGCUGUGCCAGUUUUGAUGAUGUAUCUCUAAUUAUUAUAAAAGAUACUUUGGAUUUAUUAUUUAUAAUUGAUUUAUAGAUAAACUGAAAAAAUAUAAGCGCAUUCAUAAACCAGAUCUGUUUUAGUGAUUUGCUGUACACAGCUGUUAAACGACAAUAUGCAGAGUAUCUUGAAUCAUUUCAAUCAUGCUAAAUAUAUUGAUCAAAUUGGUAGCAUUAUUGUUUUUAAAUCAAUAAAAAAUGGUAGCUAUGAUGUUAUUGUUUAAAGCACUUUAAGAACCUAUAAUUUUUUUGCAAUGUUAACACGAUAAUUAUUGCUUUUGUUUUGUCUUUGGUCUAAAGGUUUUUCUUGUUUGAUUUCCAGACUGGCCUUGCACUGACCUUGAUACUGUGUGCGAUGGAAUGUGAUACAUGUAAUAGUUCAACAUGUUUAGAGUCAAUUAAAAAACAAUAUUCAAUUAUUUUUUAAUUACAUCAGGAUAGCUAACAACAAUUCUUAUUUGGUAUAAGAUAACCAAAUGUACAUGUUCAUAUUAUGCAAUAUAGUAAUAAUUGUUAAAUAUCAGAACAUAGCCUUAAAUUAUAUAAACACAAUUAUGCAUAACACAACUCGUUUACCGGUAAUGUAUUUAGAGGUGUAUAAAAAGAGUGCUUAAUAUGAACUGUGUUAUUAUAACUUUAAGAAUUGAUAAAAGUUUACACUUAUAUUUUUGGGCUUGUGAAAUGUAUUGUGUUGAAAAGCUCCAUAACCAUGUGUUUCAAUGUUUCGUUAUUGCAUGGUGACAUUGUGUACCCCCUUGGGGUUGUUAUUUACUAAAUAAACGCGCCUCUAAAAAUUAAAAA